AUCGCGGCGCUCCGGCGGCGGCGACGGCGACGAGCGCGCCCGGGCCGGAGGCGGUUGCUGCGCCCAGUACUGGGCUCGCUGCUGGGGGCGCAGGCGCCGUGAACUGAGCUCGGCCGCGGCGUCGGCUCGUUCGAGGCUCGUCAUGGCGACCUCGCAGAAGCCUUUCCAGCUGGUGGUGUUCGGCGCGUCGGGCUUCACCGGCCAGUUCGUGACGGAGGAGGUGGCUCGGGAGCAGGCGGACCCGCAGCGCACCUCGCCGCUGCCCUGGGCCGUGGCGGGCCGCUCCCGGGAGAACCUGCAGCGGGUGCUGGAGAGGGCCGCGCACAAGCUGGGAAGACCAACACUGUUAUCUGAAGUUGGAAUAAUAAUAUGUGAUAUCACUAAUCCAGCCUCCCUUGACGAAAUGGCUAAACAGACAUCCAUUGUCCUGAAUUGUGUAGGACCCUAUCGAUUUUAUGGAGAACCUGUAGUAAAAGCAUGUAUUGAAAAUGGAGCUAGCUGUAUUGACAUCUGUGGAGAACCUCAGUUUCUGGAACUAAUGUAUUGGAAGUAUAAUCAGAAAGCUGCAGAGAAAGGGGUUUAUAUCAUUGGAAGCUGUGGCUUUGACUCCAUUCCAGCAGAUUUGGGAGUAAUAUAUACGAAAAGUAAAAUGAAUGGUACUUUAACCGGUGUUGAAAGUUUCUUGUCUGUACAUUCAGGACCUGAGGGGAUGUGUAUUCAUGACGGUACCUGGAAGUCAGCGAUUUAUGGCUUUGGAGAUAAGCAAUCUCUGCAAAAACUACGAAAUAGUGCCAAUCUGAAACCUCUCCCAAUUGUUGGUCCAAAGUUGAAAAGAAGAUGGCCAAUCUGUUACUGCAGAGCUCUCAGCAGCUACUCCAUCCCGUUCUUGGGAGCAGAUGUAUCUGUUGUAAAGCGGACUCAGCGUUACUUAUAUGAGAAUUUUCAGAACUCACCUGUUCAGUAUGCUGCUUACGUUGCUGUGGGGGGCAUAGCCUCUGUCAUUAAGCUGAUGUUUGCUGGGCUUUUCUUUUUAAUCUUCGUAAGGUUUGGCCUUGGCAGGCAGCUUCUCAUAAAAUUUCCAAGGUUCUUCUCCUUUGGCUAUUUUUCGAAACAAGGUCCAACACAAAAACAGAUGGAGGCUUCCUCAUUUACAAUGACAUUCUUCGGUGAAGGAUAUAAUGAACACUCUGGUGGUGAUAAGAACAAAUUAAGUGUCAAAAUUUGUACUCAGGUGAAAGGACCAGAGGCUGGCUAUGUAGCUACUCCCAUAGCCAUGGUCCAGGCAGCCAUGACUCUCUUAAAUGAGACCUCUAAUCUUCCUAAAUCGGGCGGGGUCUUCACACCCGGAGCAGCUUUCUGCCACACGAAGUUGAUUGACAGACUGAAUCGCCAUGGCAUUGAGUUUAGUGUCAUCAGCAGCACCGAAGUCUAAAGAUUUGAAGGAUUACUUGAAGUCCUCAAAUAUCUGAAUUACUACCAGCUCUUUUUAUUUGACGUGAAAUUCUCCUAUAAGCCUAUUAACUAUAUGGGGAAAAGAUGGUCAGGUUUAAAAUAUAUAAAAUUAAAAACAAAAUUGAACUGGGUUAGCCUAACUCUCACAUUUUAGCUGAUUUUUUUUUUAGUUCAUUACCUGUGAGAGAACUAAUGCUUGACUGACUUUUUAUUGAAGACUCCUUGCUCAGUCUUAUAAUUGAAGCAGCAUACCAGAGGGUGAGGUCAGGAUCUAUUUCUGCUGCUAACAGAUUCUUUGAUGAGGUGCCCAGUUUGGAGUUGAUGGGAGCAGUGACUGCUGCCUGACUUCACAUGAUAGGGAAUGGGGUCUCACUUCCUGUAGAGUCUGUGUCCUAUGAGGGCUUUUGCAAAAUGAAGCUGUACUUUUUUGCUAUUUUAACCUAGUUUUUCAUCUGUUUACAUGGACUGAUUCUGGAUUGUUUACCAAAGCUGAAUAAUAAAGGAUUAUCAAUUAAAUAA